CACGGACGCCAGGCCAGGGGCGGCCACCCCGCAGCGAGAGCUCUGGGCGGCCACUAGAGCCCGAGGGUGGGGCUAGUCUCUGAGCACCGGCCAGCUGCCCGCCCCCUGGAGGCCCCGCCUCCCAGACAGGCAUGCGAGAAAGCCCCUCCCCCGGGCGCUCCUAGAAGUCGACGAAGCGUCCCGCUGCUGUGCCAGUACCUAAAGGCCUCCGCCGCCGCUUCGCGGAGUUCCUGUGGCUACCACCGCGCGGAGUAUGGGGCGCUGAUGGCCAUGGAGGGCUACAGGGGCUUCCUGGGGCUGCUGGUGUCGGCGCUGCUCGUCGGCUUCCUGUCUGUGAUCUUCACCCUCAUUUGGGUCCUCCACUACCGGGAGGGGCUCGGCUGGGACGGGACCGCGCUCGAGUUUAACUGGCACCCUGUACUCGUGGUCACCGGCUUCGUCUUCAUCCAGGGCAUCGCCAUCAUCGUAUACAGACUGCCAUGGACCUGGAAAUGCAGCAAGCUCCUGAUGAAAUCCAUCCAUGCAGGGUUAAACGCUGUUGCUGCCAUUCUUGCAAUUAUUUCUCUGGUGGCUGUUUUUGAUUUCCACAAUGCCAGGAACAUCCCCAAUAUGUAUAGUCUGCACAGCUGGGUUGGACUGACAGCUGUCAUUCUCUACAUCUUACAGCUUCUCCUAGGUUUUUUUGUCUUUCUGCUUCCUUGGGCUCCACUUUCUCUCCGAGCACUUCUCAUGCCCAUACAUGUUUAUUCUGGACUUCUCGUCUUUGGAACAGUGAUUGCAACAGUACUUAUGGGAGUGACGGAGAAACUGAUUUUUGCCCUGAAAAAUCCUGCAUACAGUACAUUCCCACCAGAAGGUGUUUUCACAAAUACCCUCGGCCUUCUGAUUCUGGUGUUUGGGGCGCUCAUUUUUUGGAUAGUCACCAGACCACAAUGGAAACGUCCUAAAGAACCAAAUUCUGUCCUUCUUCAGCCAAACGGAGGCGCUCCAGAGGGAAUGGAAGGUUCCAUGGCAAUGAACUUUGGCAAUAUGGACAAAUCAGAUUCAGAGUUAAACAGUGAAGCAGCAGCAAGGAAAAGAAACAUCACCCUUGAUGAGGCUGGACAGAGAUCCACCAUGUAAAAUGGGCUAGAGAUGUAGCCAUAUAACUUCCAUUAGUUCUACAGUUUAGCUUCUCUUAUUUAGCCGUAAGAUGAUUGAGCUCCACAGACUCAAUAUUUAUUCUAAUCGUAAAGUAGGAUUUCUUGAAAGCAUUUGUAUUGGUUGAGGCCUAUGAAGUUACCUGAAUUGGAAGGGAGAUGAUCAAUGUAAAUAACAGCAGGUGUAAACUGUGGUUAAUUACCUUGUUCUUGAGGACCAAAGCAUUUAGCACAGUGCCUUGCAUAGAACAGAUGAUCAAAAUGUAUCUGUUGGUUGGUAAAUUUGAUAAACUGGCAGCUUCCCUGGCCUCUUGUCAUGCAGUCAUUUUCUGUUAAUUCUGGGAGUCCAGUUGUAAAGUUUUGGAAUCAGAUCAUGCAUAUGUGGGACAGGGUUAAUGCUACACAGAUGUCAUGACUAGAGCACAGAAAAAAAUUUAGGAAAGUAACUGGUUCCCUUUUCCCUGUGCCUACCCUUUGCUCCCUCCCCAGCUGGUUUAUCCUUAGAUUGGCCCUGGAGACCAGGGUUUGUAUUAGGGCAUUUUGGAGCAGUGAUAGGGCUGUAGGUAGCUGAAGAUCUUGCCUGGUCGGACCUGGAAGUUUUUCCAAAACUGACUUAAUCCCAAGGCUUCCUUGGGUUUGGUAUACUUUAUGAUCCAGAUUCUAAACUUAAUUAGGAUGAGAAUAUGCCUGAAUGCUUAAGCAGUAUAAACUACUCCACAAACCUUAAAGAGCACUUUUCCCCAAGUUUCUGGGUUUUUUAAACAUGGAACUUACUAAGUGUCAGACACUAUUCUAAGCACUUUAUAAAUCUUAGCUAAUUCAACCCCCAGACAAAACUUUUGCGGUAGGCAUCAUUAAAAGCUCCAUUUUACAGAUGAGAGAUCUGAGGCUUGGAGAGGUUAGUAACUUGCCCAAGGUCACACAUCUCAUAAGUGGUGAAACUGAGAUUCAAAACCUGGCAGUUUGGCACCUCAGUUCAGUCCAUGAUCCUAACCACCUCACUAUGCUGUUUUUUCUGUUACAUGCUAAUUUAUACCUGUUUUGACCCACCCGUGGAUAAACCUCAUUUGGUGGAAUGCAGUAGAGUUGUUAAAAUUUACCUUCUGGCUCUGUUUCCAAGGCAGAUUUCCCAAAUAACCAAGGAGAAAGGCCUACCCUUACCUGGAAAUUCAUCAUGGGCACCCUGCCACGGGCAACAAGCCAUGGCUUACCUUGAUGCCCCUUUGAUCUUAAAUCUGUCUUGGUAGCAAAGAAAGGUUUAGGCAACAAUAUCGCUGCUGAACAGCUUUGGGUUUGGAGAUAGGAGAGAUGGACUUCAUGGUCUGCCCUUCCCCAGGGGCAAAAGCUAGGGUCCCUCCUGAUUUGGGUGGAAUUUUAGGGGACAUCUUGUGCUUUGGUUCUCAGUAGCGAAUUAAGACUCAGAGAUGACAGUUUUCAUGCAUGAGGCCUCUGUCUAGGCUCUGGGCUGACUUAAAUUAAAACCUAGAGUGGCGCCUGUGCUGAAAUGUUGCUUUUCGUUUGGGAUUGAUUUUUGGUUUCCCUGCAAUUUUAAACCAUACAGUUUACACCAAAUAAACUUAACAUUUUUGGUGCUUAGUGAAUUUCCUUUUAGGGUAACUGGUAAUUACUUCCAUAGACUGAGUACAAACUAUAUUCCGUCACAUCCCUGAAGCUUCACAAUAUCCAUUCAAGAGUCCCUCACCAAAACACUGUUUUCUUAAUUCUGUUUCCAAAAUUGGCAAUAGUGUCAUAAGAAUCCCUAGUGCCCAGCCCAAUGCCUGGCAUGUAGUAGACACAUAAAUUCAGUAUAAGUAGAGCAUGCUACAGUUAGGGUGCUAAGUGGAAGGAAUAAUUGCAUUGUCACACACAAACAUAUUUUGGUGAAUGGAUAUUUCAUUACAUAGAGGUGCACAAAAUUCCAGGGCUUUUUAGGGGGAAGGGGAUAGUGGCAGCCCCAAGGAUUGAAGCUGCCAUUCCAUUUCAUAUAGGCCAAGAAAGAGGUUAUUAGUUAAAAGUUAAUUAUGGAUUUGGCACUAGACUAUUCUGCUCCAUUGAGAAGUAUCUGAACACCCCUCAUCUCAGCCCUUUAUUUUAUCCCUCUUGUGGGCUAAUGUGAGGGUAAUCUUACAGAUAUUAUAGGAACUUCUUCUCUUUCUUUCUCAACCUUUAUGAAAACAAUGUAUAGUCAAAUAUAUCUAGAAAACCUUUC